UCUUUUAGAGGCGAUAGUUGGGCGAACCUAUAUUGGGAUAACUUUUUAGAAAACUUAUUCUUAUCUUAUAUGUGUUUGUGGUUUGUUGUGGUAAAAAAGGGAACUCGUCGCACAAAAUCGCAUAUACGGCGCUGUACACUACCUACACUACAUUACAGUCGUACUUAACCCUACGGAAUUACCGUUUUCCAAGCUUUUCUUUUUCAGAAUUCAGCAGCAAAGCAGCCGAGCCACUUAACUCACUGCCCCCACACUGCACACUGCCCGCUGCAUAGGUGCCUCAUAGCCGAAAAGACCCAAUUACACGGGACCUUCCCUGUCGUAUCAGAGUUCUGAACGUUCUGGGCCCUGCAGCCAACUGCCUUAUCGGCUUUAUCGAUAGAAGUAGCGGCCUCCCAGACGAUCGAAAAUCCGGUUUAGAUAACCGUAGAACUUGUCGUGACGUCCCCAGCGUUCGUGAGUUCGUGAGUUCGUGACGUAAGCGGCAUCGCGAUUCCCGGUUGUCCCCCCCCCCCCCCAUCGUCGCUUUCCAUAUCUAGAUCCGAAUCCCCAUCAUGUGGUUCUACACUUCGACAGCUCCCCGCGAGAAGCGUUAUCACAAAUAUAAGAAGGUUCUUUACUUAGAACCUCCCACCAACGGUAGCAAGACCGUUCGCACCCGCGUUACCACCAUCAUCCCUCCCCCUGAGCCCGAGCCCGAGUUUGUGCACUGUCCAUCACCCGCCCCGGCGCUCCCAGAGCCUAGGUAUACGCCGCCACCGGUCAUCGUCGAACCUCUACCGCCGCCGCCUCCUCCGCCUGCAUCUGUACACUACUAUCCUCAGCCUGAGCCUGAGCCUGUACGUGAACCCGAGCCGGACGUCGGGAUUGAGGUCAUCGCAGUAGACGUAGACCCAGAUCAGUCUAGCAGAUCCGGCAGGUCCAGGUCUUCGAGGAGCUCCAAGAGCUCGUCACGAAGCUCCAAGUCAUCGUCGCGCAGCAGCGGCAGCGGCCACAGCAGACAUGGUCGAGAUCGCGAGGUCUACAUCGAACGGGAACGCAUGGUGCCCGUUCGCGUGCCCGUACCUUAUCACGUACACCACGUCGAGUACGAGCAACCCCAGCAAGACUCGUUCCGUUACAUAGAAGCUCCCAGGCGGUAUGAGCCCCCGCGACGACGGAGUCCAGAUCACGAGAUCGUCAUCGAAGAUCAUCGUCACCGGAAAUACAUCCGCGACGGCUGAGCACAGCACCCUGUGAUCUAGCUUGUAUUAUAUAUACCUAUAUACUACCUACGAUAAAUGUUUUAUUUACGCAAUGAGAUAUGGGGCGGGAGUUUGGAUUUGACGUUUUAAGAUUGUCACGAGACUACGAGUACGAAUCCGUACGGAGGUCAUGAUCUGCGGUUGGGAGUCUUUUAUAUAUUUGGAAUAUUUGGAACAUGGAGCCUCACACAGAGAGAGAGAGAGAUGGGGAUCAUGGAGUUUGAAAGUACGUUUUGAGUUCGCCUGUACACAUUUACGGGGACAUACCGACUGCCGGCCAGGCAAUUUCCUAUAUCAAUACUUUAUAAUGUACAUCGCGGCGCAGCAGUACUGCCCGGACUGUUUAAUGUUAGGUGGUAGUGGUACUAUCCCUACAAUUAGUAUUAAGACUAGAGUUUUCAGUCUUUAAUAACUAUUUAACGUUAAUAUGAAAUAUUAUUCAGAUAUAA